UCUCUUUCCCCAAAGAUUUUCCCUUUUAAAAUUCAGAGAAUCCGAAACCAGAAACUGCAGAAAAUCCAUGGCUUCCAUCUCAAUAUAUUCUACCAAUUCCAACCUUAUCGGUAGUUCCAUCUUCUCUGCAAGAAACUAUCAGUCGUGUUCUUCAGCAUUUGAAUCAACUUCGUUUACCUCCAAAUCCUCCACGGCGACCUCGCUCUCGCUAUCUGUCAACGAAACCCGAAGGAUCCGGCCCAGAUCCGUUCGGUUCUCCGUGGUGGAUGCAGCGGUGAACACUAAUAAUCAUUUUGAUGUUGUGAUUGUCGGGGCGGGAAUUAUCGGGUUGACGAUUGCCCGCCAGUUUCUAAUCGGGUCGGAUCUAUCCGUUGCUGUCGUUGACAAGGCCGUACCUUGUUCCGGCGCUACUGGUGCCGGUAAGCAGCACUUCGAAACUUUUCCUCUCUAUGGUUACAGGGAAACUGUAAUAAAAUGGAAAGAAACCGCUAUCAUUUGUAGUUCAGCAUUUGCAAAGUGUCUGAUUCCUAUCUGAUUGCUUUACUAGGUGAUCAAAAGUAAAUUAAAACAAAAAUAAACCUUUACGACUUAGUAAAGCUUAGGGGUUCAACAGGAAAAGAACUUUUACUCUUUUAGAUGAGUCAUGAAUGAUUUAUAAUCUGAAAGCAUCAAAUAAUGGUGUCGCUAUAGCAUAUAUAGUUAUUUGAGAAUUUAGGGUCUCUCUUUACGAUAGUUUGUUGCCAAAUUCUGUUUUUAAUCUUGCUAGAGCACCGGAUUAAGUAAUAAGCUUGUGUGUGUAUUUAUUUUGGAGUUUGUUAGUUUCCUGGUUGUUGGAUAUCUUCACUUUCAAUUUGGCAUUUGAGCCUGUUCUAGGACAGGGCUAUAUAUGGUUGGGAAACAAAACACCCGAAAGUGAUACAUGGGAGCUAGCAAAAAGAAGCCAUCGGCUUUGGGAGAUGUUGGCGAAAAGGGUACAUGAAGAAGGAAUGGAUCCUCUUGACGAGUUGGGUUGGAAGAAGACAGGAAGCUUGCUUGUUGGUAGAACCCUUGAAGAAUCCAUCAUGUUAAAAAGGAGAGUUAACCAGUUAACUGAAGCUGGCUUAAGGGCAGAAUAUUUAUCAAGCAUUGAUUUGCUUUCAAAGGAGCCUGAGCUUUUUGUUGGCAAUGAUGGUGGUGCUGCGUUUUUUCCUGAUGAUUGCCAGUUGGAUGCAUGUCGUGCUGCCUCAUUUAUUGAGAAGGCUAACAGACAAUUUGCAUCAAAAGGUAGAUAUACUGAGUUCUACAAUGAGGCAGUUAUAGGUUUAAUAAGGUUUGCUAUCUUCUUUUUGCUGCUGCAUGAAAAGUUACGCUGAAACCAAGCAAGUGAAAAAAUCCAUCAGCAGUGGGGAUGUGGAAGCUGUUCAGACAUCAAAAAAUAUGCUGUAUGGUAAGAAAGCCAUUGUCUUGGCAGCUGGCAGUUGGAGUGGACUUUUGAUGGAGGAUCUGGUUAGGGGUUUAGACAUUACACUGAAUGUACCUGUAGAACCUCGGAAGGUCAGAAUUUAAGAUCUAA